ACCAAAACAAGAGCAUUUGACAAUUUUGUCUCACUAUGGGCUUGAGCCCGGCACUUAGUGAAGCUUGGGUGCAGCGAGCAGAAUGGCAGCUUUAGAGUCAUUGCCAUUCUAUGUGAGGGAGAAGGAGUUCCUGAAACUUUAUGGCUUUGCGAAUUCACAGAUCGAGGAGGUUCAGGCUCCUCCAUUUCCACUGAAUUUGCCAAAAGCAGCUUGCUGGAGCCCAGAUGGCAUCGCUUUGGCCAUGGUGGAUCCAGUGCAGGGGCCGCAGGUAGCUGUUUUCAAGGACAAGUCUAUGUCCGGUGCUCAAAUUAUGGACCUGCCCAAAGCUCCAAAGAACACCUUCACCUUUGCUUGGUCUCCUUUGGGCUCAGCCCUGGUGUCAAUAGCCCCGGGUGGCAAGAACCUACAGGAAUCCAAUGUCCAUGUCUGGCGCCGCAUUGGUGCUGAUGCGGUUGGUGCGGGUGCUGGAGUCGGUCGUGAGUAUGAGCUUCAGGCACACUUUUGCCAUCCAAAGCUUGAGAAGGACAAGAAGGUUCUUCAGUGGACCGCAGAUGAGAACCUUUGUGCUCGGUUGACAACAGAAGGGAAGAUUCUUCUUCAUGAUGGUGCUGAUUUGGCAGUACAGCCACUGAUGGAACUCUCUGUUAGCAACGUUGCUGGCUUCGAGUUUGCACCUUUGAACCCAUCGCAGGAGGGCUUCCAUGCCCGUUUGGCCUUAUUUGUGGCAGAUCAGCGUGACGACUUGCAACGCGUGACUGGACCUGCAGAGGUCUCCAUUUUGGAGAUCACUGCAAACCAGCAUGGAUUGCAAGAAAGCACCAGCGCGAAGAUGAGUGUGCCCUGUGGCCAGGUCGCGGACUUGCUCUGGAACUCAACCGGCAAUUGCCUGAUUGCACAUUGCCAGACAGAGGUGGACGAGACUGGUCAGAGUUAUUACGGAGGCUCUCGCCUUGCGUUCAUGUCACAAGGCGGAGAGGUCAAGAAGGACAUCACGGACGAGGAAUGUCAGGGUGGCUGUGUCCAGGCAGUCGCUUGGAGCCCGACAAGGGACGAGUUCAUCCUCAUUUCAGGCUUUCAACCUGCCAAGUCGGCACUCUUCUCCUGGGACAACAGGACCAAGAAACUUGCAGCCAAAAAGGUUCUCCUCGACAAGGCACAUCGAAAUACGAUUCGCUUCAACAGCUUUGGCUCUUUGGUAUGCCUUGCGGGCUUUGGGAACCUAGCCGGGGGUGUGGACUUCUUUGGUCGUGAAGAGGGUGACUAUGCUCAUGUUUCCAGCUGUACCGCCAACUGCACAGUCUCCGCAGAGUGGGCUCCUGAUGGACGCCACUUUCUAACGGCUGUGCUGGCGCCAAGAAUGCGGGUGGACAAUGGCCUGAGUCUUUGGCACGCGUUGAGUGGCUCAAGGGUUUGCACCACUCCCUUCGAGGAACUGUUUGAUGUCCAGUGGCGACCAGAGCCCGACAAUCAAUACAAGGACGUGACACUAGAGGAGAUCUCCCAAGCCAGCAAGGAAGAUGCGAAGAAUGUGGUGGAGGCCGGUGCCCAGAAGAAGCAGGCGUACCGACCACCCAAAGCUCGUGGAGAGAACACUCGUGGAGAGAACACAAACAUGGUAGCUCAGAUGAUGCGGGGAGAAGUGGCAGCACCAGAAGACGACAGGCGCAAUCGAAAAACUCGUCAAAAGGCCAAAGAGGAGGAGGAGCCCACGGAGGCAAAGGAGGCAGAAGCCAGCCGGCCGCCGCCACCUGAGGCAGCUCCACCUCCACCGCGGCCGCAGACCGCACAGCCAAAGGCACAAACGCAGCCACCACCGCAAGCACAACAAGCGCAACAGGCGCAGCAAGCGCAGCAAGCGCAGCAGUCGCAGCAAGCGCAGCAAGCGCAACAGGCCCAGCAAGCGCAACAGGCGCAGCAAGCGCAACAGGCGCAGCAAGCACAACAGGCUCAACAGGCUGCAGCUGCCCAGGCUGCACAGGCUCAGGCUGCACGGCAGGCGCAGAAGGAGGCCCAGAAGGCGGCGGCUGAGCAUCAGCGACGGCUUCAGCUGCAGCAACAACAGCAGGAGGAAGAAUUGGCACGAGCCAUGAUGCGGGCAAGCUAUGGAGGUGAUGCAGCAGCUACUAGAAUCCAGGCCCAGGCUCAGGCUCAGGUUCAAGCUCAGCGUCAAGCAGCCGCAGCCGCCGCUGCCGCCGCCGCCACGCAGACAGCAGCAGCAAGGCAGCGAGCAGGAUAUGCUGGCGUGCAGAGCGAGGAGGCUAUGCAGAUGACGAGGAUGAUGAUGCUGGAGCAACAGGCAGCUCAGAUGAAGCAGCAACAGCAGCAGCAGCAACAGAUGGCCCGAGCACAAGCGAUCCAAGGUCAGAAGAUGGGUGGCCAGAAGCAACCUCCAGCGACAGGUUGGCAGUACGUUGAUCCCAAGGGUCAAAUCCAAGGACCAUUCAGCCUCCUGGAGAUGCAGCAGUGGUACCACAUGAACUACUUCCGUCCUGAGUUGAAGAUGAGGUGUUCGGAUCAGGACGAGUUUGUGCCCUUUGCGGAGCUCUUCCCUCAUCCGUCGAUCCCCUUUCAGAGUUACCCAAAGCGGGUCCCUGCAAGGCGGUGAGACUUGGGCCUUUGAGCUUCGGAGUCUUUGGAGAGCGAUUCGACGAGACAGUGCCAUACUGAAACAUGGUGAAACUAAAGUAAGCUCACACAGCUCAAGCCCAAACGGGCAAAAGAACGAACAAAAGUCUGCUUAAAAGAG